UAUAUAUUUAUGUCCAUCCACAUCCUUGUCGAAUCUCAUUGCUAAAUUUCUCCAUAGGCAGUGAGCAAACAUGGAGCAUUCAUCUGCACCUCAUGUGUUGGCUUUACCUCUUCCAGCAGAAGGCCACAUCAAACCCAUGUUUAACUUAGCCAAACUUCUUUCCCAUAGAGGCCACAGAAUCACCUUCGUGAAUACACAUCACAACCACAAUCGCUUCCUCCAAUUCACAGACUUACCAUCAUUCCUCACCCAAUUCCCCAAUUUCCACUUUGUGUCCAUCACUGAUGGCUUACCCGAUGACCUUCCACGAAAUGGGGCCCUUAUGAACUACUAUCCAUUGCUUAUCUCUCCGAGUGCCAGGUCCUUAUUUGCUCAAGAGUUCCGAGAAUUGUUCUUGAAACUUGUUCAGACAAAUGGAGAGUGGCAACCACCAUCUUGCAUCAUAGCCGAUGGACUCAUGUCAACCAUUGCCUUGAGUGUUUCACAAGAGUUUCGGAUUCCAUUCAUUGCUUUCCGAACCUAUAGUGCCACUUGCACUUGGGUCACAAUCCACAUGAGCAAACUUUUUCACGAGGGAUCUUUGCUUCGGAACAAUGAAGAAAAUAUGCAAAAUGUACCUGCAAGCAUCCCAGGAUUAGAAAAUUUAUUGAGAGUUUGUGAUCUUCCAUCUUAUUUCACAUUGUUGACAGAUAAGAACCUCAAUAGAGACUUUUUCAUCGUAGAAACCUUAGCCAUGAUUCAAGCUUCAGCUCUAAUACUCAAUACCUUUGAACAAUUAGAACCCUCCGUUAUCACUAAGCUUGCUACUAUAUUUCCCAAAGUCUAUUCUAUUGGUCCUCUUCACACUCUCUACAAGACCAUAUUCACGGCUAAUAGUUCAUCACUCGAAAAAAAUGGUCGUGUGAGAAAGGAAGACAAAAGCUGCAUUACUUGGUUGGACCAUCAAAAGGCAAAGUCAGUUUUGUAUGUUAGUUUUGGCACUGUGGUGAAGCUAUCACUUGAGCAACUAUUGGAGUUUUGGCAUGGUUUGGUAAAUAGCAUGAAGCCUUUCUUGUGGGCUAUCCAAAAGGAGUUGAUCGAUGGUAUAGGUAACCAUGUACCUUUAGAGCUUGAGAUUGGGACUAAAGAAAGAGGUUUUAUGGUGUAUUGGGCCCCUCAAGAAGAGGUUUUGGCCCACCCUGCAGUGGGUGGAUUUUUGACUCAUAGCGGUUGGAAUUCUACUUUGGAAUGUAUUACUGAAGGACUGCCUAUGCUUUGUUGGCCAUUGAUGGCUGACCAAAUGGUUAACAGUAGGUGCGUGAGUGAACGGUGGAUGAUUGGGGUCAAUAUGAAUGGGACAUGUGAUAGGUUGAUUAUUGAAAAGAUGGUGAGAGAUAUAAUGGAGAAUCAAAUGGAAAAGCUCAUGAAAUCAACAAAAGAGAUUGCAAAAAAAGCUCGUGAUAGUAUUAAAGAGAAUGGUUCAUCUUAUCAUAAUUUAGAGAAUCUGAUCAAGGACAUUAUUGCAAGUGUGCCAACAACAGCAACGAUGUAGAGUAGUUUCUUUCAUAAUUUUUAGGAAUUUGUUUUGCUUUAGUUACAUUUCAGAUAUUAUGUUAUAAUUCUGGUUUUAUGUUUCUGUUAUGGCUAAUAAUUAAGGAUGUAACUUAUAUGUUUGAUGCUCUUUAU